CGGAAUGAGCAGUCAAGCCAUGCACGAGCCGAUAAGGCGACUGGAACGGGACGGGACUCAUCGCGGAAAAGAAGCAGGUUCGAAUAAAACAGAGCUGCUUUACGGCACUGGCAGCCGGUCGUCGGGAAUAUGAUUCUGGUACGAAUGCGUUCUAAAUGCACCGGAAAGGAGCAAAGGCUCCGGAAGUAGGCACCGCAUUCCGAAUCGAUGUUUUGAAGCCGCGGAAUCGAAUCUUUCGAAGCUCGAACGGACGACGAAAAGAUGCACGUUGUGCUCAGGAGAGCGAGCGAGGUGUGAGAGUUAGGGCGCUCGGUGGGAGUCGUGGGUGGGUUUUAGGUUUGUGAUUUGCGACGAGCAGAGAAGAGUCUUGGUCCGAAGGCCUGAAGGUUGCCAGAUGAUGGAGCUCACGUCAGGAUCUGCCGCAUGCUGGCAGAUCCAAUCCCGCAAAUUCGCGGGCGUUGCGGCCUGCACUCGGCCCUGCAACCUCAAUUCUUUCUCUUCUUCCUCCGUGCAGUUCGCCUCCAGGAUCGAGUUUCGAAGAAGCAGAUCUUCCAUCCGCAAAUGCGAGGGCAGAAGUACAUUGGUACAAAUUUUUUGCAGUAGCAAUUUUGACGAUAUUUCGGAGACGGAUGCGGGUAGCAAGGUGGCCAGUGAUGCGGUUCCAGGGCUUGAGCUUGGGUCAAGGUCUAGCUUCACAGGUAGUCUGGAUGGCCAGGCCCAAGAUUUUGAUAGAGGUAGCGGUAGUGGGAAUGAGAACGGCAACGCUGGAUCUGGAGGAGGCGGAGGAGGAGGAGGAGGAGGGGGUGACGACGGAGGCGGAGAAGGUUCAGAUAAUGAUGACGAAGAGUUCGGUCCUUUGCUGAACUCAGAGCAAGUUCAGCAGGAAUUGAAAGCCAGGGGCAUUACACUUCCCCCGGACAUGCUUGAAGCUGCCAAAACCGUGGGAAUUCGGAAGCUGUUCUUGGAUCGGUUUCUAGAAAUGCAGGGAGGUUUGCUCGGGAAGGCGAUGAAUGCAAGUGGUGCUCUGAGGAACAGAAUGCUUGCGGACCCAACAUUUAUCUUCAAAGUCUUCACUGAGAUUGCAAUUGAUUCUGCAUGUGCGACGGUAGCCGAGGUUCAGAAAAGAGGCAAAGACUUCUGGAAUGAGUUCGACUUCUAUCUGGCGGAUCUCUUGGUGGGAAUUGCACUUGAUGUGCUUCUUGUUGGCCUAUUGGCCCCAUUCGUGCGUUUUGGUGCGGCACCUGCUGGCUCUGGUGCAAGUGCGAAACUUUCGAGAAGCAUCAUGGCCCUACCUAGCAGUAUUUUUGAAGCCCAAAGACCGGGGCGGACCUUCACUAUGGGACAGAGAGUUGCAACCUUGUUUUACAAGGCCGGGCAAUAUGGAGUGGCUGGAUUUUCAUGCGGUCUAAUUGGACAGGGUGUUGCAAGCAGUGUAAUGCUCUUGAAACGCAAGCUGAAGACUUCUAAUGAGCACUCAGAAGAACUGAAGGUCCCCAAUGUUUUGACAAGUGCAGCUGUUUGGGCUGUUUUCAUGAGUGUAUCGUCGAAUACAAGAUACCAAAUUAUUAAUGGGUUGGAAAGAGUUGUAGAAUCAUCCGUUCUUACAAGAAGGGUACCUCAGGUGGCCAUGGCCUUCACUGUCAGUAUUCGACUGGCGAACAAUUUUUACGGUGCUGGACAAUUUGUGGAUUGGGCUAGAUUAGCCGGUAUCCAGUAGACUGGAUGUAUCUUUUCAGUUGUAAAGAAGCUCAAAAUUCACGCCUGACGGAUCUAUAAAAGCUUAGAUUCUUUGUAGUUCAAGGUUCAUCGAGCUUCUUAGGCCUAGUUUGGCUUCAACGUGUCCGAGCUUCCAAGUUGUCAGAGUUUUCAACGUUCCUGUUAUGACACUACGGAGGUCUUCAAACGAAGCUUUUGAAGGCGUGAAAUACCUGCUACGAUCAGUGCUACACCUAACCGAAUCCAGUGUAUUAGUGUGUAGUUUUGAGUAUCAGCUUCGACAUCGAAGGCUCAAUUGCAAAUGUGCUCGAGGACAUGGCUCGACUAUGCCUGCGAAAUCCUUUCACAAUUAGUAGCAGAUAUAACCGUGUCAUCGAGAAGUAUGCCUGUUUGGCAACAAUUUUGACUGCAGCAAAUUUCGCUGAAUUAUGUUCUUGAAGGAAGGCUCUUUAGAGUGAGAGCAGUCUCUUUUCUGUCGAUCGAAUCGAUCUUCUCGUUUUCAAGGAUCAGCUUGUCUUUGCCUGGUUAGACGUCACGUCAAUAUAUCUCCUCUCAGAAUUGGUGAUUUUGUUGGUCACAUGCACAGUAGACGUUUGUUAAGAGAGAGGAGGUUGUGCAUUGAAGCAUCUUCUUACGGUCUCGUCGAAAAUUUUCUCUAGGUGCGGCCAUUAUCAGUACGUCCUUAUCCUGCGUGGAUGUGAUGCUAUCUUAAAGUUUGGUCUACACUUGAAAGGAGAAUGGAGACAUGAGGAGUGUCCGGGGACGUAGGGCUGCCACUUUGGCCUCACUACUUUGAGUUGUGGUCUCUCCUGUUGGAUUCGCUAAAAGUAUCUGUUGGAGAACAAGGUGCUGUUGCUGUUGCGGAAACAGAUGAUAAACAUAUGUCUGGUGAAAAUCUUCUUGGAAAUACUGAUGCUACGGACUUUCGAGGUCUUGUAUUGGACACGAUUGUACGAAGUAUCAUGAAGGCUUUGACUGAGGUAAUUUUCAAGUACUGAGUGAGGGCAAGCAACAGUUUGACAUCUGCCCAAGGUAUGAACGGGCAGUUUCGAUACCCAUGUUAGAGUACAUUGCUCCUUAGAUGUAUCAAGGUGCUGAGCAAUCAAACGCCCAAAAGCCAAGGAUCGUGAAAAUACGAUCUCUCGACUUAUUAUUAUCAUGCAUUCAUUUGUAAUCAAAACCAUCACGCAGAAGUUUCCGACUUCGAUUACAAACUUACGUCAGGUAAGAAGCUGAGAGAUCUGUUUAUUACUGCCUUGUGCUAAACGCGCAGUGUUUAAGCAAAUCAAACUAGUGUCGCUAAUUUGGUUCUUUAUUUCGUGCAAUGGGCACAGAAGAAGCAGAUUCUUCUUUGGGGGGACCGGAAACUGAGCUCGAAAAUAUUGAGCCUCUGAAUCUGGUGCACAUGCGCAAGCUACUCAAUCUGGUAACGAUACAGUCGAGAC